AUGGAGUUGCAGACUGAUCCCGAUGAUCUACUUUACGACCUAGCAUCAGAAUGCGAGGAUCUCCUAGAUCAAAAAUCAAAAGAACUUUCUAGGAUCGAUUCAAAAUCCGCCAUUCUUGGGCUCUGUGAUGAAUUCCAGCAGCGAUUUGCCAUGUGGGCCGAGCACCUCGGCGUGUUUGCUCGGAGGAGUCAAUGCCUGGACACCAGACUGCGGAAUCAUCCAGACCUUCGAGAGCUCACAUACCGGUUGUUAGAUAUCCUUCGCCGAUAUUUGCAUCAAUGGAAAUGCGACGGCAGUAUUCAACUCAGAGAGGACCAAGGGUUGAAGACAACCCUGAAGGCCGUCGACGAUGCUUUAUCUCGCCUAAGCCAGCUGGGCGUGACAAUCCGGCGGUCCAGUUCUUCAAAAGCCAAUAGAAGAGUUGAAAGAUUCGCUGCAGAGUUGGAACUAAGGCCUUUUGCAUCCUUGUGCGAAUGGGCUGUGGAGGCCUUGUAUCCCCUCGCUCACCCCUCUCUGAAAGACCACCUCAGCAAGUCGAUGGUGGAUCGAUACUCGAGAAUCCUUUACAACAAAUCUCGCCACCAAAAGCUCAAGACCCGUCGCGAGCCCCGAGAGCUGCCAGUCGAGCUUCCAACAAUUCAGGAAACCGCCACUGAAGAGAUACAAUUAAACAAUCCUGUUGUCCAGCCCACAAGACCCCAUAAGCCCCCAGUUACUGUCGACAACGUCAAGCCACCGACCAUACUAUCCCAGUCUGAUUUAUCCAGUGUCGACCCUCAACGGAUAGGGAAGCAGAAUAGACCUCCCGACGAGGUAUCGACCAAGUUUCACAAGACACCCUCCGUCCAAGUGAACCAGUGCAACUACCCGCGGAGACCGGCCGCAAGUAAUGUCUUCACUUGUGAGUGGUGCUCAGAGGUUCUAAAUAAGAAGAGCCUCUCGGAGAACGAAUGGCAUCGACACAUACAUCGAGAUCUAAAGCCUUAUGUUUGUGUCUCAGAGGAAUGCACACAAGGACAUCCUUCCUACCCGACUUUCGAUGAAUGGUUCGCGCAUAUGAAACUGCACGACAGAGGGUGGCAGAAACGAGUUUAUUUGACGGAUAGCUGGUUCUGUGCGCUCUGCGAAUCCGACCAGGACGCGUACAAUGACUCGCAGCUCCUGUAUUCACAUUUAGAAAAGUGCCAUAGUGAUGGCUUCACAAGAGCACAGCUUCAGGCCUUUUCGCGGCAGAGCAAGACAAAGCAGCACAGAGCAUGGAAUGAUUGCCUUCUUUGUUCUUUCGCAAUCGAUGGGCAGAGCCCAGGGGCUGAUACCGGUUCGGAUAAGAGAAGGAAAGGAUUGGCCAAAAAAGAUGGCACAAAAAGUCUCAGGAAGAAUCUUGAGAUGAUGAAUCCAGAGCCUCACAGCUCAGGUAUCGACUCUUCUGACACAUCUUCGGACUCGGAGGAUCAUGUUUCUCUUCGAAGAAAGCCACAACGAACAGAAGAACGUUCGAAAACUGUAGCCCGACACAUCGCGUCGCACCUGCAAGUGCUGAUGCUAUUGACCAUCCGUUUUGCAGGACUUCAGGAUGAUGACGGAGGCUUGGACGAUGAUAUCAACAGUAAGUCUGCUGAGAUAAACGAAGAAAGCAGCUCUCCAGGACCUGAUGACUCUUAUGAGAGCUUAUCUGAUAGCUCUUUGCGCAAAGAAGCUAUCGUGAUAGACGCGGACGAGCUGAGAAACAGUGAAGACAUUAUGGAUCUUGACUACAUCGCAGUAGAGGACGAUUCAUUAGUUCCCGACAUGGACAUAACUCUCGACGACGUCCCCAGGCAGUACGACAACCUCUCCGCCAAAACCAAAGCCGAGUUUGUCAACAAUGUCAAGACAGCCUUUGAAGGCACCCCAGCCGAGCGAUUCUUCAAGAAUAACCCCAAGUUCAUUGAGGAGCUAGCCGUGAAGGCUGCCUUCUUGGCUGAUGACAUAACCACCUCAAUCUGUAAUAAGGACCUGCUCCCCAAGAUCGCCCAGGUCACUAUGCACCAGAACGUAAUCUAUUGUGACGAUAGCUCCUCCAUGAAGCGCGAAGGCCGCUGGGACUCGCAGAACCAGCUGAUCAACCGCAUCGCCCGUAUCACCACGCGGAUCCUGCCCGAGGGCGAGGGCAUCUAUAUGCGCUAUAUUAACCAGGAGAUCCCUAACUCUGAUAGCCUCAAGUUCGAAGAGCUCCUCGACAUCGUGAAGCCGCUGACCUGGGGCGGCGAUACGCCCAUUGGCACCAACCUCAAGAGCAAGAUCCUGCAGCCGCUCGUGUACAGCAAGCUGCCGAACGACCUCAAGAGGCCGCUGCUGGUGUCUGUCAUUACCGACGGCAUGCCGGAGCCGGAGCCCAAGGACACGUUUGUGGAUGCGAUCGCUGAGUGUGGCGAUAAGCUCGAAGCGGCUGGCCUUCCUCGCGAGAGUGUCAAGUUCAUGAUUGGUCAAGUCGGUUCCGCCACUGCCGCAACUAAGUUCCUCCAGGACGUCGGCAAGGAGCCCAGGAUUCAAGACGUUGUAUUCGUGGCCUCUGAAAAGCUGGAUGUCAUAACCUCAGGGCUGGAAAAUGAUUGGAAGAUGGAUGAAUGGGUACGUAUUUGGAAGAUGGAUGAAUGGCUCAUUGAGAUGCUCUAUGCGCCUAUCAUGAAGGGUGAGGGCAAGAAGAAACAGUAA